UAAUGAUUCACGAUACCCUUCGGAGCAACUGCUUAAAAAGGCACAGGCCGUGGAAGGUGAAGUGUACAGAGAGUUCCGCGCAGUAAAUGCUGCGUAUAGGAACAAGAUGAGAAGAUUGUUCCUCAACUUGAAGGACAAGAACAACCCGCAGCUACGGGAAUUCAUUGUUUCGGGAGACUUGCCUAUUCCCAAGUUCUGCACGAUGAGUGUCCAGGAAAUGGCUUCAGAAGAGCGCAAGGAAGCCGAUGCGCAAUUGAUGGAGGAUAAUUUGUUCAAGUCUUUGGGAGCCGGUGAGCAAGAGGCUGAAACUGAUGCAUUCCAAUGUGGUCGCUGCAAAGAGCGUAAAACCCGAUAUCGUCAAGCCCAGACCAGAAGUGCGGAUGAACCGAUGACGACAUUCGUAACAUGCGUGAACUGUGGUAACCGAUGGAAAUUCUCUUGAAUUUAACUCCAAACCACUUCUCAGACCCAGCUCUGCACACUUCUCUGCUUCUCUGUCCUUAUUGUUUCCCCCAUCCCGGUGCCCC